AAAGAGAAGAUACCGUUAGGCAUUUUGCCGUGAUCCGAACGAAGCGCAAGCCAUGGCGGUGCCCAUCGAGUACGAGUACACAGUGAAGUUGGCCCAGACUUCCUUUUUCUCUUCUAUUCUCUUCUUUUUGAUCUCUACAUUUAUGCAUUGGAAUCACUUGAGAUGCCGGUAAUCGAUGUCGUCAUCCGUUAACAACAAUAAUAGUAUAUCGAUUUCAAUCUCAGAAGACGAUUACGAAAAUGUCACCAACAGGAAUCGAGUUCGAGUUCGGAGGAAGAACAAAAAAUCGGUCUCCCGUGCCAAAAAUGGACUCACUCAUCGAGUCGUCCGGAACCUUCUGAGGUGUUGGCCGCUAUUACUCUUCUUUCCCGCCGCCGGGUUACUUUUAUUCCAAGCGCCAAGAACUGGAAGCGAACCGAGUUUAGCUGUAGUUGAUUCGGAGAUUGUUAUUCCCAAGAAGCGAGAGCAGAUCUUUGAAAUCAAGUCGGAGAAGCGAGAACAGAUCUUUGAAAACAAGUCGGAAUCCAGCUUGAAUCGUCUUGAACCAAUUACUAGAAUUGUCCAUGGCGUCAGUGAACGUUGCUUGGAUCUCCUGCCUCCAGAGGAACUUGAACACUUGAACAUUCCCCAGGAUAAGGAAUCAUCUGACAUUGUUAAAGAAGUGGUUUAUAUGUCAGAGAAAACUCUUUCUCAUAUAGAAGGAAAUCAUACAUUUCCUCAACAGCACAAGGCUACAAAAAAAUUCAACUUCUUUACAGGAUUCCAAACUCUUGAGCAAAGAGCGAAAAGCUUCAAGGUGAAUGAGACUCAUUCACUAAAUUGUGGAUUUUAUAGUGAUAAGGGAGGAUUCAAUAUGUCUCACGAAGACAAAAAUUAUCUAAAAGAAUGUGAAAUUGUAGUAUCUACUUGUGCAUUUGGUGGUGGUGAUGAUCUAUAUCAACCUGUUGGAAUGACAAAAACAUCAGUACAGAAGGUUUGCUAUGUUGCAUUUUGGGAUGACAUUACUGUAGCUGCACAGGAGGCAUCGGGUCAUCAAAUUGGGGAGGAUCUAUUUAUUGGAAAAUGGCGGAUCAUUCUUGUUUGGGAUCUUCCUUUUAGAGACCAACGGCUGAAUGGUAAAAUUCCAAAGAUGUUGGUGCAUCGCUUGUUUCCUCGUGCCCGAUAUUCCAUUUGGGUUGACUCCAAAUCCCAGUUUAGAAGGGACCCUUUGGGUGUCUUGGAAGCCCUUCUCUGGCGUUCACAUUCUGUUCUUGCAAUUUCAGAUCAUGGAGCUCGUGGUAGUGUGUAUGAUGAGGCAAAUGCUAUUGUCAGCAAAAACAAAGCCUCGCCAAAAGAAGUUGACCUCCAGAUGACUCAGUACCGCCUUGAUGGCCUCCCAAACGACUCAAGGUUAGAUGGGAGGAAAGCACUGGCUGAAGCUUCUGUGAUUGUGAGAGAUCAUACACCAUUAACCAACCUGUUCAUGUGCCUUUGGUUUAAUGAGGUUGUCCGUUUCACUCCCCGAGAUCAACUAAGUUUUCCUUAUGUCUUUUGGCGUUUAAAAGAGUUGAGGAACAUUAAUAUGUUUCCUGUUUGCACUAGGAGAGAUCUUGUUAACAGCAUGGGACAUAUUCGCAAGGCCAAAACUCAUGCUAUUAACAAAUUUUCUCAACCAUAAAGUAGAUGUCAAUCCUGGAACCAUAUUUGGACAUUUAUAAUAAAUGUGAAGAGUGCAUUAAUUUUUAUAUUCCCAUUGAUUCCUCUCCAUUUUGAUCCUCACAUUUUCUAUGCCCGGAGCCAGAGAUAGAAAGAUUCAGUUUUGUAUCCAGAGCUAAUCUUUGUCACGGGCUUAUGAUAGAUGGAUAUUAUGUUAUGCCCUUUGGCCACGCCCACACUCAACAGUCUAUUGAAGGCAACCAAUAGCCAUACUUCAUUGCUGGCUUUGUUUCUUCAAUCUUGCAGCAUACAUACAGAAGUGGCAUCAAUUAUGUGGUGCUCACCAUUUUUUCUUGAGGAUCAUAGUUGAUGAAUGAUUUCAAUUUUCGGUCUUCAUCUCUUAGUCCAGGUUAGUGGUUUUUGUAAUAGUUAACUGGUGUGAGUGUGAGAUGUAAUGGAGAUUGUGGUUUUAAAGGGCCAAUAACAAGAUGACAUGUGAGGCUGUCAAUUUAUUAGUUGUAGUUUAUUAUAUUUGAUUAUUGCAAUUUAUUUUAGUUAGUUAAGAUAACUAUCAUUAGCAUUAUAGUUAUCUAUUAGUUAGAAUAUUACCAUAUUAUAUAUAUGAGAUAUAUGUUACUUUUUUUUUGUUAUGGAACAAAUCUUGAAUGGUUCUAUA